GGCGGAGGGGGAGGACGAGGACGAGGUGGAGGUGGAGGACGAGGACGAGGUGGAGGUGGACCUCUCCUUCUUGGUGACAUACCCUCUGCUUCUGGCGACGUGGCUUCCCAGUCCGCUCACACACAGUCUACUGAGGGGGACAUGGAGGUGGAGAUGGAGGUGGACGGGCAGGACGAGGAGGCGGAGAGGGAGAUGGCGCCGAAGAAGUUGCGCAUUCGUGGUGAAGCGCAAGUCCCUGAUGAGAGGAGGGAGCCUACUAGCCAUGAAGCGAAAGCCCUCAUCAUCCCGAACGAGAAAGACAAUUGGACAUAUGACAAGGGGGUUCGCCAGCCGUCGAGCAUGCUUGGAGCUCUUAUUAGGACGUAUUGGCCGGGCUUUUACACUUCGGUCCCCGGCGGCGAGAAGAAGUUAGCCGAGACUUGGGCGGACUAUGAGGCAGCUCCUUGCCCGGGCUUUGGGAAAGCUUCUGACGCCGUGUACACCAAGUUUUGGGCCCAUUAUAGGGUGCCUGAUGAUAUGGUUGAGCAUGGGAAGGCGGUACUGACUAGGGCUUGUCAGAGGUUGACACGGCAAUAG